AUGCUUCCGGCGAGCUGGCCGGCCAGGACCGCCAGCGUCGUCUACACCUGCAAUGUGGCGGCGCUGAGCGACACCAUCACCUCGGCAGUCGCCUCCACCAUUGACCGCCCCAACAACUUUGUGGCGACUGGCAACGAUUGCAGUCUAACGGUCAACGCAGCACCCCUGCGGCGGCGGCAGCGGCAGCAAGCCGUGGACCCAAACGCCGUGCCGCCGCCGCCGCAGGCAGCACCCCUGCGACGGCGGCGGCAGCAAGCCGUGGACCGAAACUCCGUGCCGCCGAGUCCCGUGGCUGUGGCCAGCGGGGAGUGCGUGCCGCCAUUAUUUUACGCUGAUGACCAGGCCUUGCUGGCCACCACGCCGGCAGGCCUGCGUUUCCAGCUUGGUUACCUUGAGAGCUACUGUGCCGCCUGGGGCCUGACGGUUAACACCAAAAAGACCCAGGUGGUAGUGUACACCACUGGCAGGGCUGCUGCCACGGAGGAGCGGUUCCGCUACGGCGGCAAUGAGGUGGAAACCGUCCCCACCUUCAGAUACCUCGGCGUGCACCUGCACUGCCGGCAGGCCUUUGCCUCGGCGGCAUCGUAUCGGGCGGAGGCUGGGCGGCGCGCGAUGCACCUGCUGCGUCGCCGCCUGGCCGAGAAUGGGUUGCAGGACCCCCUGCUCAGCAUGCGUGCGUUCAAGUCUUACGUCCUGUCGACGUUGUCGUACGGGGCAGAGAUCUGGGCGCCGCAGCUGAUUCUGCAGGGCAGGACGGCAUGCGAGCGGGUACAGCUGGAGUACCUGCGAGGGCUGCUGGGUUUGCGGGACAGCACCCCAGCCCUCAUUGUGCUGGCAGAGACGGGGCAGCUGCCGCUGCCCGCCUACUGGACCUUGCAGGUUGCACGCUUUGUGAGCAACCUGCAGGCUAUGGGCGGCGAGCGGGUCGCCCGUCUUGCCAUGCUGGAUAGCGUUGCGCUGGCUGCCGACACGGACACAGGGCUGCCACUGGCCCGGCAGCCCUGGGCAGCGCAGGUUAGCCGCGUUCUCGCGGCGGCCGGCGCCCCCUGCGACUUGACUGCUGACGAGGGGGUUGCCAUACCUGAAUUGGCGGAAGCGCUCCUGGAGCGCCAUGUUGCCUCGUACACGCAUGCAUCCGUGAAGGUGCAGCGGUACAUUGAGGACGUGUGGGGGGGCAGCAUCUCUGCGGAGGCCUACACGCCUGCGUCGUUCCUGUGCGAUGUGCCCGAGCGCCGGCGCCGGGUGCGCCUGGCGCAGUGGCGCACGGGGUCGCACUGGAUGGCUGAGGAGACAGGCCGGUGGCAGCGGUUGGACCGCACCCAGCGCCCAUGCCCCCACUGCCAGGCCCCUCUAGAGGACGUACGCCACGCAGUGUAUGACUGCCCCCUAUACGCUGGGCUGAGGGAGGAGUAUGCCAGCCGCCACCUGCUUUAA